GGGUGAAGAACCUUGUCAUGUGUGGAUGUCGGACGCGUGUGAAAACUUCUUGACUUCAAAUAAUUGAAGCAAUGCCUCUGCUACAAGGGCAGCCAUUUAAAUUAAUCGAAAAUCCAAAAAAUGUUGAUAAUCCAGCUACAAUUUUUACCAUACCCCACACCGGAGAGCAAUUCUUGAAUCGUAGUGACUAUGAAGAUCGAUUGGCACUGUAUAGUCAGAAUAUAUGGACAUGCCAGUGCACUGGACACAGCAACAUGAGCCACCAGGAUGCCUGGACUAGUGAGGCCAAGGUGCGAGUGCUGCUACAGACGCAGGUGCCCGAACCUUUCAGAGGACCAGUUCUGAGUCUUGUUCAUCACUCAACAUGUUCUUUGGAGCAGCUAGUGGAGUCAGCCUCCAAUUGCUGCUACAGCAUGUUCCACCCUGGGGAAGAAAUCGAAUACAAGCCAGAUGAACCAAAAGCCAAACCAAUAAAAGUCCGGGUUUUAUCCUCCAAAGUGGCUCAAAAAGAAAUCUUGAUUGAUACUCCAGCCUGUUCAAGUCAUCAUUAUGAAGGAGAGUCAGGAGAAGUCAACGGCUGUGUGGCUGAGGCUCCACAUGCAGCACUCAUCAAUGGUCUAGAGAGCAAUGGUUCUGAGAGACAUGGAAGAGCAUCUCCAGACAAGUCCCCAAAACAGAAGAACAAACUUCAGAGUGAUCGCGUUUAUGAUGUAGAAAUUAUCCAGGAAGGCCUGGAACGAAGAAUUAUUCCAGAAAUUGAUGUGGCUCACUUACACCGCAAAGGAAAACCACCCUCGAAAGACAGCUUGCGUCUAUUCAUCCGGGCUAACUCCUUUCGUCCCAAGAGCAGUUCACACAGUCCUUGGGUUGUGAGUGAGGAUCUUGUUACUAAGUAUGACAUCCCGAAAAAAUUCUCUCCUCUUUUUUCAAGCUCUGGUUCCUCAAGUAUCAAGAGGAAAGCUCCAGUUGCUGAUGCCAAUCACAAGCCCCCUAAGAUUGCCAAAGUUUCUCAAGAGUGUGAAAAUCCCAGCAAUGGUGGCAGUGUGACAACUUUCGUCCAUGAAGCCAAUCACAUUACUCAAGAAGCUCCUAGUUCAUUAGAGAAGAAGGCUGAUUCAUGCUCAUCAACUAAUGUCACAAACCUAUCAAAUGGAGUCUUUGAAGAAAAGUCGAAUGCAUCAGAAGAUGAUAUUGAAUUUGUCGGAGAAGUUGCAGCUGCACAAAAGCCUGAAGAAUCUCCCGAAUAUUUAUUAUUAGGUCUUCGCCAGUUUGGGUCUCAUUCAAGCCACCCUAUCUUGCCUGCACCUCAGGCUCCUUUUGCUCACCCUCUUCUCAGUCAUUUAGCAUCGCAAGCUGCCAGCUUACCUCAUAUUUUUAACUCCCCUCAUUUAUCUCAAGGAAUCUUUAGUCCUCAUCUUAAUGCUUUUUCCCCUCUUUAUCAAUCGUUGUUAUCAAACAGUCUAUUGUCUCAAAGUUCGAGCCUAAAUCCGUCAUUUUCUUCCAUCAAUAGUAGCACGCAAUCGCUUUUGAAUACGCCUAAAACUCACUCAAUUAUACCUGGGCGCAACAUUGUUGUUGGCCCUGAUGGUCAGCCACGCAAGAAGAGAGGUCGUCCGCCCAUGACUGAUGAGGAAAGAGCUCGCAAAAGAAUUCUACAGAAACAAAUGGCAGAAGUUUUCCAGAAUCUCGGCGUUACGAGCUCUCCACAUGGGACCAAAUACCCUGCCGCCAGUUCUUCCCAUCAGCGUGAACAGUCGCCUGUCAAGUCUCCUUCGCCAGUCGCCUCGCCAACCGCAACGAAGUCCCCCGUUAAGAAAGUUCACACUUCAGAGACUGUGAUGAAAAUUCCUCUGGUACGACGUCUUCUCUUUGAAUUCCGUAACCGAAAAACGAAUAAAGGUUUUGCUAGAAAAGUAGUUUACACCAUGGACCAUGCUGUGACAAAGCUUACGUUAACUCAAAUCAAUCUUAUAACAGAUGAACCCAUGAAAGAAGCUUUAAUGGUGCGUUACGACCGAUUGCAGGAACGUAAGAUGAUGCAAGGCAUGUCACAAGAUGAAAAAGAAGCUUAUAUGAAGGAAAAAGCUAAGGAAAUUGCCACCAAGAGACGGCGCGAAAAACAAGCACUAAAUCGAAAAUCUGAAGAUCAAACUUUGGAUAACUUGGUGCCGUUGCCGACUCCGUGUCCCGUCAAAUCUUAUGACAAUUUGCCUCCAAACUCAUUCAGCAACAUUGCUAUGCUCUCAGAGUUCAUGGAAUCAUUCAGUGACGUAUUCAACUUGCCCUCAUGUUCCAAAAAGCCCUUAUUUACAACCAACAAGAUUCUAGAGGCUGUAGUGCAAGGGAAGAAAGGCUACCCUUACAUUUCCUCUCUGCUCUGCACAAUGCUACCCACUGUUGUCUAUGAUGCCGCUAAUACUCACUACAAGGAGCUUGGGAUUCCUCUUCGAGAAAUGCCUAUUAGUUAUCAGACUGCUCCUGAACUCGCGCGUCUGUGUCUAAAGCACCAAAAACAUGAUGUUGUUAUUGAAGAAGUGACUGAGGAUGGAGAGCUACUGAUCGUGGGUGAAGAAGAGGAUGAGCUCAGUGAAGAUUUGCUUGAGAAGUUGAGUUCUGUGGAGCUGUGGGAGCUAACUAGCAGUGAACUAGUAGCCUUCCUAACUGCUCUCACGCAUCGCUGUAUGGCGUCCGAUGCACUCGCUGCUCAUGUUGACCGACUCGAGGACAUGGCAACCAAAAUCUAUAAAGAACGCGCUCAUUUAAAGAAAGAAAGGUUAAAGGAAGAUAUUGAGCUCAAGCAAAAGAAGCGAGAAGAAAGGAAAGCUAAAAAGAAGCCAAAGAAACCCCCUGGUAGACCUAAAGGUUAUUCUCCCCGACUUGGUAUGACCAUUGCCGAUUUUUAUGAGAGGAAAGAACAGGGUUCAGAAAUGUCUCCUCGUAAAGACCUUCUCAUCAAUUGUCGCCUGAAACGGAAGUCAGCAAUUGAUAAAAUGGAAGAAGAAAAACGAGAACAAGAGCUGAGAGAUCAAGAGAAGACAAAAUUAAUGCGAGAGGCACGAUUUCGCGAGUGUGAAGAAUUGCUGCAGAAGCGACGACGCACAUUACGCAUCACUCCUCUAGGUUACGAUCGUGAUCACAACAGAUAUUGGCUAUUCGGCAACUCAACACCUGGUGUGUAUGUCGAGAAAUGUUACAUGGGAUCUUAUGUGUCCUACACAGUUGACCCUCCUGUAGACGAUAGCACAGUUGAGAGGUCUGAGACCACAUCAGGCGAUGAUACUCAAACACAUGAUGAAUCUCGAGAAAUAAAUUCCAUCAACCCAGCUAACACAGAAGUUAAACCUGUAUCUGAGGAUAACCCAGAACUGGAGGUAACUACCGAAGUUGAAGCCGAAGAAGACCUGUACAUACCAGUUGCAAAAGGUAGACCUAAAGCCGUAUCGUUGCUGGACAUGGAUAUUGACAACCAGACGUUACCUCCGACCGGCGAGAACGCCUGGUUUGUCUAUAAGACCGAACAAGAAAUUGACGAGCUCAUCAAUGCUCUUGCUGAGAAUGGCGUUCGUGAGCAUUAUCUGAAGCAGAAUAUCAUCAAUGCUCGUGAGCGUAUUUCGUGGAAUUUGGCUGCGUUAUCUGCACAAGAAGGUUCUAGCAAUAACGAUGCCAUCAAAACAGAAACAGAAGCUACUGAGAAUCUUGAACAUAGCAUAUCAAAUCAAAGCGUCACUGAAGAAAUUAAAACUGAGAUUGAGGAUGAAAAUGUUGCCAAAGCCACUGAAGAUGAACAGCCAAAAAUUAAAGAUGAAGCAGUGGAAGAAGAAGAAGAUUGUUGCGCACGAAUGUUGCUGUCAUUACGGGAAGACAUCAUACAGAUAGAGCUCGAGCUGAAGGAGGGAUGGCUAGGUGCUGUUGAAGACAUCGACAAAUGGCAGAAAGUUGUUCAAAAUGCAAGUGACGUGGCUGUGCUUGGUAAAAGUUUGAUCGAAGCUCAGCGAGCGAUGCAUUUGAAGAACCUGAAGGGCUUCAUGGCUCCUUCGCGGAAGCCUUUACCAGCCACUGCCUCUGCAGCUGCUGUUGCUCCUACUGCUUCUGCUGUGGUGCAUGACGAUUCUACCCAGUCCGACAGUUCUGCUGUUGCUGGCGAGAAGAAAACAGAUGGACAUAAAAAUCAAGCUACUGAAUCUUCCAAACCUCAACAACCUCAACCAGAGUACAUUGAAGUGGAGGGCAGCGGGGUGCUCAAAUGGCGUGAAGCCGUCGAGUCGUGCAAGACGUACUCUCGCCUCCAUGUCUUGGUUGGAAUGUUUGACAGUUGCAUUAAGUGGGAGCGAUCGCUCGCCACCAAGAAAUGCACGGUGUGUCGGAGUAAGGACAAAGAGACGUCUCCUCUCAUUCUGUGCGAGAAGUGCGAGAAAAGUUACCACUGGACAUGCCUGCGCCCCAAACUUACGGACGACCCCCCGGCCCUGUGGUACUGCCACGCUUGCCUCCUUCAGCCGCGCUCUCCUACUCGCACUAAGGGAGGCGCACGAGUGGCAGAAGUGGAUCAGGAUGACGAGAGUCGCAGCAGCAAUAGAAAUAAAGCGAACAAAUCCCUGGUGCCAGACGCGCAUGUGGGAGAUCCCCCUGAGUGUCGUGUCUGCUACGGUCGCUUGGGGCUCAUUUUCUGCAGUGUGUGCUGCUCUGCUUAUCACUCUGAGUGUCAUGAUCCUCCUCCACUCACACGAGCGAGGAAAGACUGGAAAUGCUCAGAGUGCGAGAAAAGAUCCAAAGCUGCCAGAGAACAGGCUAGCUCGGCUUCACGCAACGUCAAAGUUGACACGCCAGAGAUGGAGGCGCGUCGCGCGGUGACGGCAGAGCGACGUCGCCUGCAGAGCAUCGGCAAGCCCCGCAGUCGCACGGGGCAGUUCCUCAGCAAGACGGCGCUGGCGGCUCUAGCUAAACGGAAUGCCUCCAAACUUAACAAGGCUGAGAGUAAUGCUGGAAGAAACUCUUCCAGUGCUGCGACUGCUGCGCGAAGCAGGGCUAAGUAUUCUGCAAAGAAAAAGAAAUACGACGAGUAUGACUUCGACGAAAGUCAAACGCCAGAGGACGAUGACCAGGACGUAGAAGACGAGGAGGAACACAAGGAUGCAAGGAGUGACGACGAUGGUAGCCAUGAGGAUGAUGAUAAGGAUAAUGAACGGUCUGAUGAUAGUGAUGAGGAAGCUGAUGACGCUAGCGACGAGAAUGAAGAUGAUGAAAAUAAUGAGGAAGAGGGUGAGACUAAAGACGAAGAAGAGGAUGAGAGUGAUGGUGGCGACAAAAAUAAAGAUGCCGAAGAGGAUGAGAAUGAUGAUGAUGAGGAAGAUGAUGAGGCAAAUGAUGAUGAUGAGGAAGAUGAUGAGGCAAAUGAUGAUGAUGAGGAUAAUGAGACAAAUGAUGACGAGGAUCGUGAGGCGAAUGAUGAUGAUGAGGAUAAUGAGGCAAAUGAUGAUGAUGAGGAUAAUGAGGCAAAUGAUGAUGAUGAUAGUGAUAACAAUGAUGUAGAAAUGAAUGAUGACGGCGAAGAGAUGGGCGACAAUAGUCCUGAUGACGAUGAUGAUGAUGAAGCGCAAGAGAGCGAUGCGUGAGCAAUUGUGGAGUAUCUUUCAUUGCUGUCAUGGACCGUAGAUUGCUUGGCCUGCAUUUAUGAACUUUUUGGUGAACUUCUGAGCGCGGCUCCUUCUUCAUGUGUUAUGUGUAAUUAUAUCGGAUGUCUUCUCUUGGAAAUGUAGAGCAAACACAAAUGUUGGCUUAGUAUAUCCCCGGUGUUAGAAUAGAAUUAAUUUAAAACCUCAAGCGUCGUCGCCUGGGAUCCACGUACGGGUCUUCAUGAUGGUGAUGUAGUAUGUUAUUCUUCGUUAAUGUGAUCAGUGGCUUCUAUAUUACCCGCUGAAAGAAAGUAGUUUUUGCUUUCAAUAUCGUCCUUUUUUCAUCCAUCGCCUUAUAAAAGCUUCUCAAAUGAAACAAUGAUACUUUUCUUGCAGCAACUUUUGAAGCUGUUAUUUUUGUGCCUUCGAUCCAUUUUUGGUAUUUUUAAUACUUAGUUAUUAAUUAUUUUAACGUUUGUUGAAUUUUGGAUCGUGCUAUGCUUUUUUCUUGUUUAAAAUUACGACAAUUAUUAAAAAUUUAAUUCAUGGCUGCUUAAUGGUUACUGUUUGAAUUCGGCAUGAGAAUGAUUAUGUGCCGUUUAUUGGUUCCUCGUUAACUAUUUCGGACUUUUGAAGGACCUUCAAUCCAACUAUUUAAAAACUAAUACCGUACAUAUUGGUCGUGUUAUGUUUAUUUUGAUUGACAUGCAAUAACAUAAUGGCGUAGAUGUUGACAUGGAAGCUCGCCUUGCUUAUUCUGACCAAUUAAAAUUUCCGGCGCUGGCACUCACUAUAAGGUUCAUCUCUCGUACUCUCAAAUUCCUUCAUCCUUAAUAAAGGAAAAUUAGAUUCUGAAAUUAAGCUUUCAUGUUUAUACUGUAUGUUUGGCCCUCAAGGGUGAUGACCGGAAGAGACCUUACCUUGUGAGGUCAUGCCGAGUGUUGACCCAAUGAGCAACUAAAUGUUUGUGUUUAAAACUUAUUCAUGUUGUAUAUAUGAGGACUUCCAUCCUGAUCACGAUGUUGAGAUUCUGCGCUAUAUUAUAGAUGUUAAGAGGCCUCAGGUCUGAAAAAUGCGCGUGUCUCUGGUAGGCACCGUAGAUUUAUUAAUGUUAAUAUUUUCAACCAAUUUAUUUUUUAAUGUUCUUUUACUGAUGAUUUGAUUCUGGCGAAGCUGGUGGCAAAAUGAUGACCAAAAUCGACCUUUGGAAAUAGGAAUGACGACCAUCGCCUUCACGAAUUCUGCAUUAUAAUGUAUUUUUCAAUUAUUUACAACGAAUGUUCAGGCAUAAAUUUAUUAAGAAUUCUCUUCGUAAUUUCAUCCACAUUCAUGAUCAUCGAAUUGCUCUAAUUUGGUUCCUGUUCUCGCCAUACGAGCCAUAAUUCAAGAAGUUGUCUAAAAAUUUGUCGAAGAUUUAAUUUGAUUAUAGGAUGUAAACCGUUAGUAGGUAGUUUUGGAGUAAACUAAGCUCAUCGUCUUCUGUAGCGUAUUGCUGUGUCAAACCAUCGUUUUAAUGUGCGAAAAUUAUGGCCCUAAGUUGAUAAGAUUGUGGCAGCUCUAUUUUGAUCAAUUUUGUUAAAUUGCUGACAUUUUUUAUGAAUCGUUUCGUCUUCCGAUCUAUUUACAUGUCAGCGAAUUUUUAAACAGAUUUCACUGUAUAUUUUGAUGGUACGAUAGGCUAUGUGUACGAAUGGACCUUCCAGAUAAGCUUUUGGAACUUGAACCUGUUAUACUAUAAAUGAAUGUUCUGGAAGCAUUGUGCGGUAUAGACGCAGGCGAGAUUAGCUCAUAUUAUGGUUCCUCAUUUCUCUCAUUUAGCGAGGAAGUUAAGUUUUGUUAUGUCGGAGGUCAGCGCACCUCAUUAAUAAAUAUCUAACUAAGCCUGCUCUGCGUUGAAUUUUGGCGUUUUAUCUCUCCAUUAAAAGUUAAUAAACUGACUCUGCAUUAUUUAUUAGCUGCAUAACAGAAUAUUAGCGGAUGGAUGCUAAUAACUCGUUCGUUUACAGUUUUAGAGCGAUGUCGUUUUCUGGAAUUUAACAUGUUCUGGCAUUUAAGAGGACAAGUAAUUUCGAACGAUAAAUUGACUCGUUUGGACUAUGAAACACAUGUGAUUUGUAAGUCGCUGGGCCGAAAUUAAUGUUAUUAUAAGGCAUAUUUUUCCAAAUGUAGCUUUAAUUAUUAUUUCUGUUCUAAAAAAUUAUUUGUUUCUGUUCUUACGCGGUCGUCUGUGAACGGAAGUUUCACGAUGAGCGAGUUAAUGUCGAAAAAAUCCUAGCUAAUUUAAGGAAGAUUAGUUGGAUAUCGCCAUGUUGAGGACUUUUUUUGGACGCUUCUGGAAAUGAGAUACCAAUGUUUUUGUUCGAAUUGUACUGAUUGCGUUUGCAUUUUUGAAUAAGAGAUUCUUGAAUUACGAUUUUGUUUUUCGUUUUCAGGGUCGAAAAGUAAAUAGGAUUGAUUUGUUCCAUGUAAUUUUCUCUAGAUAUCCUCCUAGUAGGAGAAAUAUUAGGGCAAUAUGACUAUCCUUGUCGACAGCACACGAAUUCAACUUCAUUUUCUCAGAGUUCUUGGUAACUCCUAAAUUUGAUCUGACAUUCAUGACAACCUUAAAUCAUUCAAUGGUCGUGUAUCUCGAAUACCGCUUGAAAAAUUCACUACUUCUUACACACUAAAGAGCUCUUUGAAAUUAGGUGCCAUUAUUGGCAUAAAUUCACGCGCUAUUCUAAUUUUAUAAGUCAUAUCCAUUGCUUAGCCAUUUUUCGGCUUGAUAUAGGCAAGAGUUAUUUCUUUCCAAUCGAGAGAAGUUCAAUGUGUUAUUAAAGCCACCUGUAGCACAUCUCGUGAGCGUCCCGCGGUUGUGGUAGUUGGUUUAUAAAACUUAUGUAUUUGUCCGUUAAUUUUUUAUGUAUUUCGUUUUUUUUUCUAAAUUCGAGGUGAGGAUUUGAAUUUAUUAUUUCAGGCUCUGAAAACUGCCCUAUUUGACGUAGGAAAGCAAUGUUAAUUGUCUAGACCGGUGCAUGCAGCUGAAGGCUAUUGGCUUGAUACUAAGCUGAAGGAAAAUGCAGUCGUUUUUUUUUUUUUAACUGCUACUCUUGCACAAAUUGACUGCUACCUAUCUUCGUUGAAUACUAACGAUAAUUUUUCGGCCCUUCAAAUUUUAGUGAAAUUACCAAAAAAAUUUAGUUACAUUACUAUUACAUUACCAAAAGUGCUGACAUUCAUUCAACUGCACUGCUUUUGAAAGAUGCAUUACCGAGGUCAGAAACAUCGUUAUGUUGAAGAAAGAUUUAAUGGACUUUGCUUGAACUCAUUCGCUACUCGUGCAGAUAGACGACAGGUUUUUAUAAGGUGUAAGUUAUGCACUGUUUAUUUGAAGUUUGUAUUUCGUAUCUAUGCGUCGCAAAUUAGCUUUAUUUGUAGCGCUGAGCAAGAUGCUAGAGAACCUUCUUUGAUCAGAUUUCUGUUACUUGCAACCAUUGAUCACGAAACGUGAAAAUUAUUUGUUCAUUGAACAAUUCUGUUAAAUUAUGACUUAAUUAUUUAUUGUGUAAAUAUUUAUUCUGAAGUUGACUAACUCACCGUAGGGUUAAUGAAGUAGAUUGACUUAGAAUAGCUUUAACACUUCGUAGAAUAGCGAGUAAUGUGCAUCAUCUUACAUACUCUCUAGUUGCACCGUGCGGUUUUACGAGCUCCCGACGGGUGCCAUCAAAUUUGGCUUCAUUCAUCAAUCAGAUUCAAUUUUCUUCCUUGUCGGAGAUUCAUGGUGUACUGCUUACAGUCGGUUUCUCUUCCACGGUGUAUUAGACAACCCAAUUUAGAUAGCCGUAGUGUACAGCGAAAAGUAUCCAUUAAAUAUACCGGAAAAUGUUAA